AUGGGAAAGCCAAGAGAGGGGAAGCCUGGAAGUAUCGCGGGCUUUUCAUUAAAACCCCCUACGUUUAAUCCCCUCCAAUGCGAUGCAAGAACCCGCCAAGAUAAGAAUGUGAAGUCGAAAACAAUCUUGAGUCCGGAAGAGCAGGGGGAGGCGGAGCACCGAGCAUUUGCCUCGGCAUUGGCAAGUGCGAAAGAGGCUACGGUGGUUGAGUUUUAUUCACCCAAAUGCAGGCUGUGCAAUUCUUUGCUUGAUUCUGUUGUGGAGGUUGAGAGUGGGAACUCGGAGUGGCUUAACAUUGUCAUGGCAGAUGCAGAGAACGCGAAAUGGCUUCCCGAGCGCCUCCUUUACGUCAUCAGAUAUGUGCCUUGCUUUGUUAUAGUGGACAAGAAGGGCAGGGCACCGGCAAAGACGGGGAUUCCGAGCAGUCCACUGCACGUAAUAGCAGGCCUCUCUCAUCUUCUCAACAUGAAGCUUCCUCACAAACCUAAUAGCUAGAGUUCAGAGCACAAAUGCUGCUCCAUGUUUUUGUGAUUACUUUGUUUUUUCUCAUGCAACUAAGUGUCUGUAUAGGCAGAAAGUUGAUUAGAUUCUGGGUGCUUUGAUUGCUCAUGGUCAAGCUAAUGCACCUUCUUAGUGUAAAAACUAACUU